AUGAAACACGACAACAUUGAUUUAAACGUUGCUAGAUUACUAGAAAAGGGUUUAGCUGAGGGGUUGUGUGGCGUGGAAACAGUCUUCAAUGUCAUCGAGUACUCGACAAUUCAACAUGCUCGUGCCACUUAUUUAAAGCAAUACAGGGGAAUGAGGUGUGGGUGGAGUUGUUUUAGGGUGGUCUUUGAAUUCAGUUACUUAAAGCCAUGUCGUGUACGAGAUGAAAUCAAAUUUCACUCGACAUUAGGUUGUCGAGAAGACUCGGAAUGUUGUCGGUUUUUGGAUAGAAAAUCCCUUAGAUUACCCACUUUGAUUUACGUAGAUGAAGUCUGUGUGUUUACAUUUGACAUGAAUGGUGCUGUUGAUGAUAUCUAA